CUGCCCUGUGUGUGUGAUUUUUAAAAAUAAAAGACAGUGCUGGAUUGAGGGACAUUGAGCAUUGAGCCGUCACCCCCAUCCACCGCCAACAUGACUAUGGGAAAGAUCAUCUUUUACGAAGACAGGAACUUCCAGGGUCACUCUCAUGAGUGCAGCAGCGACUGUGCUGACCUGCACUCCUACUUCAACCGCUGCAACUCCAUCAAAGUUGAGAGCGGAUGCUUCAUGGUCUACGAGCGCCCCAACUACAUGGGAAACCAGUACUUUGUGAGGAGGGGAGAGUACUCAGAUAACCAGCAAAUGAUUGGCAUCAAUGACUGCAUCAGGUCCUGCCGUAUGAUCCCCAUGCACAGUGGCCAGUACAGAAUGAGAAUGUACGAUCGUCCUGACAUGGGCGGCCAGAUGAAUGAGCUGAGUGACGACUGCCCCAACGUCCAGGACCGCUUCCGUAUGUCCGACAUCAACUCCUGCAACGUGAUGGAUGGCCACUGGCUGAUGUACGACCAGCCCAACUACAAGGGCAGGCAGUACUAUGUGAGGCCCGGCGAGUACAGGAGGUUCAACGACUGGGGAGGUUUGAGCCCCAAGAUCGGCUCCCUCAGAAGGAUCACCGACUUCAACUGAACGAGAGCUCCAAUUUGAACUAUCAACUGUCAAUCUUGACCACAAUAAACUUUGAUUCAUAAUCAAAAAAAACUCUGUUUUAUGUCUUCCACUUCUCUUUGAGAAGGUUAUUGGUAUCUUCUCAGAACUCAACCCCAUUGCUAGAAACCCUCACUGAUAAUUCAUGCAAAGUUUGUUGAUUUCAAUAAACCUCUUCAUGCAGUCCAAA